CAGCUCAUUAAAUAGUGCGCGGAAGGAUAUCUUGCGCUGUACAUUGGCUAAAAAAGAAUUAGCUGAUGGGGCAAAUAACCAUCGGAACUAGAGGUGAGUGCUGCUGUACCCUGGAGGAAGGGAUUUCUGUUUACACACAACAAGAUGGCGACGCCCAGAGGACACGUCGGGAGGGUGUAGUUACCUAUGAUACCCAUUUAUGCAGAUGCAAAGAAUCCUAUUCUGUGGAGGCUCCUUGUCUACGUUGAUCUUUUAUCAUGAAGCCAGAUGACAAUGUGAACAAAAUAAGCAUAAACACAGAACACUCUAAUGGUGCAGGGUUGGCACCACUCACUGGGGGUCUAGAUGCAUUCACUAAUGGGCCAGGCCAGCCGCUGAUGGACAAAACCCCUUCAAAAAGCCGGAGCUGGAAAAAGAAAUGUGCAACCUAUGUCCUGGCCCUCCGGCCCUGGAGUUUCAGUGCCUCACUUACCCCUGUAGUUCUGGGCAGUGCCCUUGCUUACCGCUCUCAGGGCUCACUUGACAUCCUUAUUUUUGUUGUCUGUGCCGUAACAGUGCUCGCUGUUCAUGGGGCAGGAAACUUGGUGAACACUUACUAUGACUUUUCCAAAGGAAUAGAUCACAAGAAGAGUGACGACCGGACUCUAGUUGACCAGAUCCUGGAGCCGCAGGAUGUGGUGCGAUUCGGUGUUUUUCUCUACACUCUGGGCUGUGUAUGUGCCGGCUUUCUCUAUUUUCUGUGCAAACUUAAGCUAGAGCACUUGGCUCUGAUAUACUUUGGAGGUCUGUCCAGUUCAUUUCUCUAUACCGGAGGUAUCGGAUUUAAGUAUGUGGCAUUGGGGGAUCUUGUAAUACUGAUUACAUUUGGUCCCCUGUCUGUGAUGUUCGCACACGCAGUGCAGGUCGGGUACCUUGCAGUCACCCCUCUCCUAUAUGCUGUUCCACUUGCCCUCAGCACAGAGGCAAUCCUGCACAGCAACAAUACCAGGGAUAUUGAGUCAGAUCGCCAGGCUGGGAUAGUCACCCUUGCCAUCCUCAUAGGCCCAGUGCUGUCUUAUAUUCUGUACAACCUACUUGUAUUUCUUCCUUAUGUGAUCUUUAGCAUCCUGGCAACGCGGUACUCUAUCAGUAUGGCCCUCCCCCUGCUCACGGUCCCUCUGGCUUUUUCACUGGAGAGACAGUUCCGGAGCCAAAAUUUCAGCAAAAUUCCCCAGAGGACGGCCAAACUGAAUCUGCUUGUUGGACUCUUCUAUGUGUUUGGAAUUGUUCUUGCACCACCAGGUUCUCUUCCCAAACUGUGAUGUGGAUCUGUGUGAUCAUGACAGACAUGUAUAUUUGUGUACCCCAGAAAAUAAACAAACUACGUACAAUUUUUUUUGCAUUAGAUGACGUGAUCUCACAGCUGUAGGUACUAGUGCAAACACCUACCUGCCUUCUGUGUUGUCAACAUAAUGUUGUAUCAUAUCUUAGACAGAUCUGCUUGGUCCAGUCUUUCAAUAAAAUAAGUACAACUGUGGUUAGUGUGAAAAAGCAAUUUAAAGUGACAGUCAAGUUAAAAAAAAAACGUUCAUGUUUCAAAUAGGGCAUGUCAUUUUUAGCAACUUUCCAAUUUACUUUUAUCACCAAUUUUGCUUUGUUCUCUUGGUAUUCUUAGUUGAAAGCUAAACCUAGUUAGGCUCAUGAUAAUUUUUAAGCCCUUGAAAGCCGUAUCUUAUCACAUGCUUUUUUAUUUGCUUUUCACAGCAGGGGAGAGCUAGUUCAUGUCAGCCAUAUAGAUAACAUUGUGAUUACGCCCAUGGCUUGUGGUAGACACUGCACUAAUUGGCUAAAAUGCAAAUCGAUAGAUAAUAAAUAAAAUGUCAUGUGGUCAGGGGGCUGUCAGAAGAUGCUUAGAUACAAGUUAAUCACAGAGGAAAAAUGUGUAUUAAUAUAACUGUGUUGGUUAUGCAAAACUGGGGAAUGGGUAAUAAAGGGAUUAUCUAUCUUAUUAUACAAAAAUUCUGGUGUUGACUGUCACUUUUAAAUAAGUUUAAAUUUAAAGGGACAGUCUACACCAGAAUUGUUAUUGUUUUAAAAGAUAGAUAAACCCUUUAUUAGCCAUUACCCAGUUUUGCAUAACCAACACAGUUAUAUUAAUAUACUUUUAACCUCUGUGAUUAUCUUGUAUCUAAGCCUCUGCAAACUGCCCCUUUAUUUCAGUUCUUUUGACAGACUUGCAGUUUAGCCAAGCAGUGCCUGCUCCCAGAUAACACUGUGCUCAUGCACGUGAAGUUAUCUAUAUGAAACACAUGAACUAACACCCUCUAGUGGUGAAAAACUGUUAAAAUGCAUUCUGAAAAGAGGUGGCCUUCAAGGUCUAAGAAAUUAGCAUAUGAACCUCCUAGGUUAAGCUUUCAACUAAGAAUACCAAGAGAACAAAGCUAAAUUGGAAAAUUGUUUAAAAUUACAUGCCCUAUCUGAAUCAUUAUUGUUUAUUUUGGACUAGACUGUCCCUUUAAUUGUGCAGUAUUUUUAUUACUUUUUGUUGCAGGAAAACUAAGGGACUUACCUACAUGAUCGUGCAGAUGCAACAACAUUAGGGCUAAUUUUGUGCUGGGACAAAAAGUUAAACAUUUGACACUGAACUGUAGUUUAUCUGUAGACUGUAUGACUGUGAAAUGCUCAAUUUAAUUUAUGAUCACUGUGUUUUUACAUUGUCAAGGGCACUUUUUGUUUAUACUUUUCCCCUGCCAUUUCUAUGCUGCUUCAUAUACCUAUUUAUUUCACAAACCAAUUCUAAAUCUAACAUAACCUCUUGUUCUAGUAUGUUUUUAUACAAUAAAUAACAAAGAUUAUUUUA